AUGCUAUACAAAAACUCACAUUUAAUAUUGCAUCAUAUAUCUUCUCUUCCAAUGAGGAUUGAGAUGGUGCAUUAUACUGACGUGGCGUCCGCGUCUCUCUCCAUAACACUUUGCUUCCCAUCUUCUUCGUCUUCGUUCUCACCUCAUCACUACCAACACCAACAUUGUAUCAUGUCGGAAGAUCACCACCCUUUGAUGGAUCAGACCGCUUCAUCAGACGAAUACUUCUCUUUAAACAUCAACAACGAUCAACAUCUCCGUAGCUACUCCAUAAGUCAUAGAGAAGAAGAGAUUAGGAACUCUUAUCUAAGUGAUCACAGUAAGAAAGACACAGCAAACUAUGGAAGCUGUGGACACUCCUCAAAAGGUUCGGUGUCGAGAGGACAUUGGAGACCCGCUGAAGAUGCUAAGCUCAAGGAACUAGUCGCCGUCUACGGCCCACAAAACUGGAACCUCAUAGCUGAAAAGCUCCAAGGAAGAUCUGGGAAAAGCUGUAGGCUUCGAUGGUUUAACCAGCUAGACCCGAGGAUAAACAGAAGAGCCUUCACGGAGGAAGAAGAAGAGAGGCUAUUGCAAGCUCACAGGCUUUAUGGUAACAAAUGGGCGAUGAUAGCAAGGCUUUUCCCUGGAAGGACUGAUAACUCUGUGAAGAACCAUUGGCAUGUCAUAAUGGCUCGCAAGUUUAGAGAACAAUCUUCUACUUACCGUAGGAGAAAGACGAUGCUUCCUCUUAAGCCACUCAUUAAACCUAAUCCUCACAUUUUCAAUGAUUUUGACCCUACUAAGUUAGCUUUGACCCACAUUGUUACUAAAGACCAGAAGCAGCUUAUGUUGCCCAUUCCUUGUUUCCCAGGUUAUGAUAAUGGAAACGAGAGUCCAUUAAUGGUGAGUAUGCUCGAAAACGAAAUGGUGGUCGGGGAUUACACUGCAUGGACACAAGAGGCUACUACAUUGGAUUGUUUAAACCAAACCGAGAAGAGUGAGAUGUUUGAAAGAAUGAACGAGGAGAAGAAACCACUGUUUUUCGAUUUUCUUGGGUUAGGGGAGGGCGUGAUCUCAUCAUCAUGAUGAACAACAAGACUAGCUUCAGUUAGUUAACAACAAUUAUGAAAUGAUUUGAGUCCUUAAAUUUGUCGUUGUAGUUUAAUUUGUUGCGUUAAUAA